UAAAGCAAGCAGAAGACGCGCUUAGCAACAAGCUAAGAAAGCACAUCUGUGAACUCUGCUUAAAGUCGAGCGCGUACACACGCUGAGGGCUUCCGUCUUCUGGAGAGCCCCACUUUCGAAGACGGAGUCGACAUUUCUGGAAUAAACGUGUUGACAAUGUCGUGAGUUCAGCUCACUGUACUAAAAAAAAAAAAAAAAAAAAAGGGACAAGUGGUUUCUCUGAAAAGAGAAGCGAAUGUUUUAGUUUUAGCGAGACGUUAGCUAGCCUGGAGCUAGCAUGUGUUGAAAAGUACGAAGUAUCUGGCUAGUAAUCCCACUUUCGACCUUUUCCGACGAUUGGGAUGGUGCUUUUGAUCGACGGAAGUAUCCAUACUGUGAAAGGGUUGAAGAGAGAGCAGGGUGGACAUCUCUGCUGGAUUUGGACUCGUUCAGGGAGCGGCGCUCAUGUGGAUGUGGAUGUAGAUGUAGAUGUGGAUGUGUGUUUUUGUUCUGCUGCAAGCUGACGGAAACGCGUUUUCCCUUUAACCCCUGCAAUUUCCAGUCUCUGGAGGAAAGAAAAAGCACGUCAUUUACAGAAGAACGAAUCACCUGGUUUGAUUUGAGUCGAUUAUUAUUAUUAUUUUUGUAUUAAGCUUGCUAAUUUAGGUUUAGCAUUUCCCACAGCUCAUUGGCUUAGAGCCAGCACUACUACACUGGCUUAGCUGAGAGGAUCUGGCCUGUAAAUACUCCUGCCACUGUGAACUCUGCAAUCCAGGUCCACAGAACAGGGGCAUUAAAAAGAAAUUGUGAAUGAUCAUGGCUCUGUUGUGCAUUGCAUAGAGCUUGGUUCACAUCUAACUAACAGAUUCAACAGGACAAGAUUUCUAGACAUGACCUAAAGCUGUAGUGACAUUAAUCCAGUUAAUCUAGAGGAAGAGGAACUCUUGCAAAGACAAAAAAAAAAAAAAACAAGAAACAUUUCAUGGUGACUGCAAUAAUUCUCCACAAGCAUGAUGAUCCUGAGCAGGAAACCAGAUGGUCCGGUCACAGCAGCUCGACACGGGGACGGACUGUACGACUCUUACAUGCGCACGGACCACAUAGUGAAUGAAGAAGCUGACCUGAACGGACAGAGCCCUGGCGCCCUGCCCCCUUUGCACAAACACACAGCUGUGAACAAGCCAACGAUGAAGGAUCACCUUGGGGUCCGAGGAGGUCAGAUGAAGGUGAAGUACCUAUAUGAGGAUUUUUACAACCGCAAGCCCAAUGGCGUGAGCCAGCACAACGGUACCAGCCAAACUCCUGCCAAGCCCCAGUCUGUUCUCUCCAAAGAGCGGAGCGUGGACAGCAACAGUUCAGCCAAGUCCUCUGAAAGCUCAGUGAAGCCAACCAAGCUGGGGGUGCCCCUAACCCCAGAGCAGGCAGUGAAGCAGUAUAGGCAACAGUUGAAUGCACUAGAACAGCAGGAGAUCCUCAAUUAUCCUGAGAUCUACUUCGUGGGACCAAACGCCAAGAAGAGACAAGCAGUUGCAGGAGGCUCUAACAACUCUGGAUAUGAUGAUGACCAGGGAGGCUAUAUCCAUGUGCCGCACGACCACAUUGCCUAUCGUUAUGAGUUCCUAAAGGUAAUCGGUAAAGGAAGUUUCGGUCAAGUGGCGAAGGUCUACGACCAUAAGUUACACCAGCAUCUUGCUCUAAAGAUGGUGCGUAAUGAGAAACGCUUCCACCGGCAAGCAGCAGAGGAGAUCCGAAUCCUGGAGCACCUGAAAAAGCAGGACAAGACAGGCAGCAUGAACGUAGUCCAUAUGCAAGAAAACUUCACCUUCCGCAAUCAUAUCUGCAUGACCUUCGAGCUGCUUAGCAUGAAUCUCUACGAACUCAUCAAGCGCAACAAAUUCCAGGGCUUCAGCCUGCCUUUGGUACGCAAGUUUGCCCACUCUAUUUUGCAGUGUCUGGAAUCUUUGCACCGCCAUAAGAUCAUCCACUGUGAUCUAAAACCAGAGAACAUUCUUCUCAAGCAGCAGGGUCGGAGUGGUAUCAAGGUCAUUGACUUUGGCUCCAGCUGCUUUGACCACCAGCGUGUCUAUACCUAUAUUCAGUCCAGAUUUUACCGAGCACCUGAGGUCAUUCUAGGCUCACGCUACGGCAUGCCCAUAGACAUGUGGAGCUUUGGCUGCAUUCUUGCUGAGCUUGUGACUGGGUACCCUCUCUUUCCAGGUGAGGAUGAGGGUGACCAGUUGGCCUGCAUGAUGGAGCUAUUGGGCAUGCCCCCUCAGAAGCUUUUGGAGCAGGCCAAGCGUGCCAAGAACUUCAUUAACUCCAAAGGCCACCCACGUUACUGCACGGUCACCACACUCAGCAACGGCACCUUGGCGCUAAACGGGAGUCGCUCUCGGCGAGGCAAGAUGCGGGGACCCCCAGGCAGCAAGGAGUGGCUGACAGCGCUCAAGGGCUGUGAUGACCCCACAUUCAUUGACUUUCUGAAGAAGUGUCUGGACUGGGAACCCAGUACUCGCAUGACGCCAGUUUUGGCCUUGCGACACCCCUGGCUCUACAAGAGGCUACCCAAGCCUGUGCCUGGGGGAGAGAAGACCUUGGUACCCAAGCGGAUUACCGAGCAUAGCACUUCCUUCCCCAGCAUCGUCCCUAAGGUUCCCCCUGUAAUGGGCCCAGCCAACAACAAACUGAGGACCAACAUGAUUGGGGACUCUGGUGGGAAUAUACCGUUGCGUACAGUGCUACCAAAGCUCGUUUCGUAGAGCUGAUCACCUGUUCAGGGAUAAAGACAAAAUUGUAGCAAAAUUUUUAGUGGUGGAUUUAAUUUGUUUUUGUUUGCUUUUUAAAAUAAUGAGUGGCAAUACUCAGUGUUUUGACUUCGGUUUUUAAAAUAACGAAGCACAAAAAGAUAAAUUUUUAUAUGGCAGUUAAAAAGUAGUGUUUGUUUUCUUCAAAUGGCCUUUGAAAGGGCAUUUGGAAAUUUACGAAUUUAGUUUUGUUUUUACACUUUUUUCAGGAAUGGAAUGCUACUCAAGUGCACAAGUGGGUGAAAAUAUUAUACUGUCCUCUUAAGCGUUUUACACUAUUUCUGCUAAUACAAACUCUUUAUCUAAGGGCUGCCUUUUAAAUCGAUACUGUAAAGGGCUUAGAAAAAUACUAGGUGUUUUGAAUGAUCUUAAAAUCUAAUCAGGCCUUCUGAGAUGUAUCUACAGCAAAGAGCCUCAUUCGAUUGCCCGCGGUUCAAGUAGUUCUCUGAUUUAGAAAACAAAUUUUAUAUAUAAUGACUUUAAUUUAUCAAUUAUUACAGUGAUUUUGGAUUUUCUUCUCUCUCUGCUCAGAAUCGGGACACUAGAGCAUGAGUCAUGUGGAAGUUCUGUCCUCAUGUGCUCCUUUAAGCCAAAACACUGUGCAUUGCCAGAAUGAACCAGACUCUAGUCUGUCUGUAGCAGGGAGAUUUUAAUUUCCUUCUUUUCUCCUCUUACAAGAAGCUGUUGCAAAAGAGAACGUAGAUGUGCUACGGUGAGAUAAUAAGGAAGUUAGUUUGUGUUGGGAGGAGCAUAGUGCACCAGGGUUGUGUGUUUUUUUUUGUUUUGUUUUUUUUUUUUUUUUUUAAGAGCAUAGAAAAUUCUGUUGGUUUUUGAAAGCUGUCAGUCAGGUUGUACUUGAAAGAAAUAAGCAAGAUGACAAGUGGGCCUGUAUGUAUACAUUCAGGAAGUUUGCACUUUCAAGAAGUGGCUGUGACCUAGAAAGGGAUCUAUGUUCCUGGCCAUGUUAUCUCUAAACCAUUUAUUGCUGGAUUUAGAUCCAAACCAAUCAGGGAGCUCUGUACAUCAUAGAUCAUAUCACAUCAUAUCAGCUUCCCUUCUUUUUAAAACUCAGAAGCUGAGAAUUCCUCACUGGUUCAGCUUGGAAGCCUGCUGUUGUGUCUUCUGACAAGGCUCUACACUGUGAGCGGUUUUCUUGCCUUGGUUUUUUUCUACUCUCUUCCAAUAUAACACUAAUAGCUUCCUCCUCAUGCACUCACACUCUUGGCUGCACCACAGAGCACGUAGCCAUGCAAAUUUUUUUUACUUAUAGGGAAGGGUUUUGAUAACCGGAAACAACUGAUUCAACAGAAGCACAGCUGUUUGUUGACACUGCCAUGACUUAUCACACUUGCUGGCCAUGAACUGACACAGAAUGCUUAAAGACUAGUUGUUAUGAGGAAAAGACUAUUUUAGAAACUGAAUGGUGCUGACCUUAUGGCCCCCUCACUUGCAUGCUGUGCCUAUAAUGUGCAUCGGUGUCCUUAGGACCAAUGAGUUUAACCACAGGUGUUGUAAAAAAAAAAAAAAAAAAAAAAAAGACUGCCAUAGAGUUGCAUAUUUGUAGACCAGAGUCAAAUCACCUCUUUCUUGGGUUUUCACCUCCUCCAGGUAUGCAUGAUUACACACAGGAAGUGUAAGCUGCUACAAGCUCAUUACAUUUACAUUCAUUUGCUAGAGUCUUUUAUCCAGACUGACUUUCAUCUGAAUUAAGACAGGAUGCAAACCAAGCAGGUGAACAGCUUAAUGGUCCUAUAAUGGUUCUCUCACAGCACCCUAAAAGUUCUUCAUUCAUACCUCUUCUCUUUCUACAUCAUAGGGUUUCUCUUUUAGAAAAAUGUAACCAAUGACCAUUUGCAACCCAUUAUUCUAAGAGUAUAGGGGCAAGCACAUAUUAAUACCCAUUGUUUUAUCUAUUAAGUCACCUAUCAAGACCAAUCGAUUUCUGUGAAUAAUGAGUGCUUCUGGAUCAUAUCAGUUAAAAAGUGUAUGGAAAAUUAUUGAGGCAUAACAUACAGCCUUUGUUAGUCUACCUCUUUGCAAAUUUACUCGUCUCAGGCUCUGGCAAGAUCUAGAACGAUCAUCAUAAAGUCAAGUUGUGGCAUCUUUCACUUCACUGCUUCUGACUAUUAGCUUCAACAUCAAUAUGUCCCUAAUUUCAUUCUCGUUUUUGGUGCAUGGUCCUCUCUGUUCAGAGAACUCCACUCCUUUGCCUUUAGUUGAGUGCUUGACUAAAUCACC